AUGAAUGAAAAAAGUAUCGAUAUUGUGCCAUUAGUUGAUGCUCAUUGUCAUGUAGGUACUACUCCUCAUGAAAUUCAACAACCUGUACAUGAAUUAUCUAAUGAUAAGAUAAGCAGAGCAUUGAUGUCUAAUAAUCCUUAUGAUUGGGCUAGAUUGCAAUUAAUCCAAUUUAAAAAGGGUAAUAAUAGUUCACCUCAAUAUAAAGGUUUUGGUAUUCAUCCUUGGUAUUCACAUUUAUUUACAUUUAAAAAUGAAAAAACAUUAACAAAAGAACAACAUUACAGACAGAUAUUGAAUUAUAAAGAAUCUGAUAGUAUUAUCUUGACUAAAUUAAUCCAAGAUGUAUUACCUGAUCCUGUAUAUAUUGAAGAAUAUAUUUCAAAUAUAGAUUUUUCAAAUGUAAAUUUAAUUGGAGAAAUUGGUUUAGAUAAAUCAUUUUAUAUACCAUCGAAUGGGUUUUAUCAAGGUCAUUCGAAUGAUGCUGAAGUUAUAAUUACAAAGACAAAAAUUAAAGUUUCAAUGGAUCAUCAAGUGAAAGUCUUUAAGAGAAUGUUACAAUUAGCUUGUGAUAAAUCAUUGAAUGUUUCGUUACAUGAUGUAAAUUGCCAUAUGAAAUUAUUUGACAUUUGUCAACAAUAUUUAUUAAAUGUAAUACCCAUUAAGAUUUGUCUUCAUUCAUAUACAGGUUCAAUCGAAUUCUUAUUAAGUCAAUGGAUUAAAAAAUUCACCGAGCAAAGAAUAUUUAUUAGUGUGUCUCAAUAUAUUAGUUUUAAGAAAGAUGAAGGAAAUUUAGAUUAUUCACAAGUACCUCAUAAAUGCAUUCUAACUGAGACAGAUUAUAUUGUGGAUAAUGGAGUAACUGAAAUAUCUUUACAAGAUUCGUUAGAGGAUACAUUAGAAAAAUUGGCAAAAGUGUUACCCUUAGGUUCAUCGCAUGAGACUCGUAGACUUGUUUUUGAUAAUUUCUGUAGAUUUAUGCAUAAUGAUUUAUAA